AUGAGCCACGUCGUCGGAGGCACACGCAUCGCCGACCCAGAUGACACCAAGAAAAACCCAAGCGAAGUAGGCUCCGGCCCCGACACUGAAAAUGGCCAACUCGAAAUCGCCCGCGAAAACAAACGCCAGAUAGGCAUCCCCUCCGCCGCCCUCCUCAUCUUCAACCGCAUCAUCGGCACCGGCAUCUUCGCCACACCGGCCACCAUCCUCGCCCAAUGCGGCUCCCCUGGCCUCUCCCUCAUCAUCUGGCUGGUGGGCAUGUUCAUCGCCGCGGCCGGAACGGCAGUGUACAUGGAAUUCGGGACGGGCCUGCCGCGCAACGGCGGCGAGAAGAACUACCUCGAGUUCGUGUACCGCAAGCCCAAGUUUCUGACCACGUCGCUGUACACGGGGUACGUGAUCCUGCUGGGGUGGGCGGCGGGCAACUCCGUCAUCUUCGGGGAGUACAUCCUGCAUGCGGCGCAGGUGGAUGUCACGCGAUGGAAUCAGCGAGGCAUUGCGCUGGCGUGUCUGACGACUGCGUUUUUGAUCCACGGCACGGCGUUGAAAUGGGGAAUCCGGCUGCAGAAUGUGCUGGGCGUGCUGAAGAUUCUCGUCAUUGUCAUUAUCAUCAUCUCGCCGUUGGUGAAUCUCAAGAAGGUCAGGGAGAAUAAUACCUUCUCCAAGCCGUUUGAGGGGACGACAGGGAGCGCAUAUGGCAUCGUCACGGCGUUGUAUAACGUUAUUUGGAGUUAUGUCGGCUACAGCAAUGCCAAUUAUGCUCUUAGCGAGACCAAGAAUCCCGCUAGGACGCUCAAGUUUGCUGCUCCCAUUGCCAUUGGCACUAUUUCCGUUUUGUAUAUGCUCGCAAAUGUGGCAUAUUUCGCAGGCGUCUCAAAGGAGGAAAUGCUCGAGUCGAAACGAUUGGUGGCUGCCUCGCUAUUCCGCAACAUGUUUGGAGAGUCUGCUGAGCGAGCUCUCUCCGUUUUUGUGGCCCUAUCUGCGUUCGGAAACGUCCUGAGCGUCAUCUUCUCCCAGGGCCGUCUUGUUCAAGAACUCGGUCGCGAAGGCGUGCUUCCCUUCUCACGCUUCUGGGCCAGCAACCGUCCGUUUAACGCUCCGCUCGCUGGUCUCUUUGAGCACUGGCUCGUCACGGCGAUUACGAUUCUUGCCCCCCCUGCUGGCGAUGCGUACAACUUUGUGCUCAACCUCAUUUCGUACCCUCUUGCUAUUAUCAAUACGUUUGUCGCGGGCGCCUUGAUUCAUCUUUACCGCAACCGGGAGGCUAGAAACUGGAACCCUCCCAUCAAGGCGACUCUCCCUGUGGCCAUCUUCUUCCUUCUCAGCAACAUCUACUUGGUUGUGGCUCCGUUUGUGCCUCCUGAGGAGGGUCAGAGCGUCUACGAGAGCCUGCCCUAUUGGAUUCAUUGUGUUGUGGGCUUCGGUGUGAUUUUCGCUGGAGGUGUCUACUGGUUGGUCUGGGCUGUUAUUCUUCCCAAGAUUGGCAGGUACGAACUUGUGAAGGAGACGGUUGUUGAUGAUAUUGAUGGCUGGGAGAGGAGUUAUUUCUUCACCAGGCCAUUGGCGGCCAAGGGUGCGCAGGAUCCUGACGAUUCUCACUAA